UCUCAGACAUGCUCUUCAGCCUAGAGCUCGCUGUUAUAACUAAUAGACAAAGUGAUGGACAUGGAGGUGGCGGCUCCUCCACCACCCUCUGCUGAACGCGAGGAGCAGUCAUUCGAAAGGAAUGCGCUGGCAUCCGAGGAAAACUCACAUUAUUUAAGAUCUGUGAGCAGCGAGUCGAGCUCAUUCAUCAUGGUUCAGCCGAAAAGCCGUCUGGAAGCGCCGUCCAAGAUGUGGAUGACCAUGGUUAUUACCGUCAUGAUCAUUUUCCAAGUCGCUUCGACAACCGGACUCUUCAUUUACCUCAAUAUGUCCAUGGCUCAAGCCCGGAGUCAGGGUGUUUCUGAGGAACUACGGUGUCUAGGGCUGCUGAAUGCUCUGGAAAAAGACCAGGAGGUGCCUGAUGGCCUGGUCCAGCUGUUUGGUGAACCGUGUAUCAAACUGGCUGAGGGAAUUAAGGCAUACAUCUCCAAGGUAACAGAAAACAUCAUCUCCCAGCAUGUCUUUCAAGAAAGACAAACAGCUCCGCCACGGACAACGUUUCUCACUGGUGGGAAUCCGCGCCCUUCUGCUCACCUCACUCUCCGAGACAGUGGACUACAGGGCCCUAUAUCUCUAACCCCUCAGGCAGAACUGCACCAGUCCUGCCGUCACCCUGUGCGUUCCUGGGGCAACCAGAGCUUCGGCUCCCACCUGCACAACAUGACCGUCUCCAAUGGCCGCCUGCGCAUCCCCAAGGCCGGACGCUACUACCUAUAUGCCCAGGUCUAUUUCCGCUACCUCACCCUGUCCAGCAGUGAGCGGCAGUCCAGUUCUGAGAGUCACCAGGUGGUGCAGUGUGUGUACAAGAAGACGGCGUACGCACGGCCCAUUCAGCUUCUGAAGGGAGUGGGCACCAAGUGCUGGGCGCCGGACAGUGAGAAUGCUCUGCACUCUGUCUAUCAGGGCGGCCUGUUCGAGCUGCGGGCGGGUGAUGAGAUCUUUGUCUCCGUGUCUUCCCCUGUUGCUGUACAUGCGGAAGACUCAUCAAGUUACUUUGGAGCCUUCCGCUUUGACCUGUGACCUCUGGCAUAGUGAGUGGUGGUCUAGUUUUCUUUGUUUGGAUGAAAGUCCAAUGGGUUCUUCUGAAGCGACUCAACAGAGGACUGUGAGAAAGACUGAAAAUGAGAGGAUUUAGGAAGCCAACCAUGACUUCCUGUUUACUCAGAAACCUCCAUGGAGUGAGCUCAAAUGACUCACGACUAUACAACCAGCUUAAUGACAUACAAAAGGCACAUGCCAUUAUCAAAAACAGUUGGAGAAGUGUCCUAUUGUGGUUAUAUAUGGUGAGAGCAAUCGCUGCUAUUUUUCAUGGCCUCAGCGACUACGGAAACCCCUGAUCCAGCAUCCAGCUGAAGUGAGGUCUCCUCUUUAUCCCCUCUGAAAAUGUGUAUCAUGACCUCAAAUAAGGAAUUCUCUGGCACAUAAGAUUUGGAGCUAGUGGGAAAGCAGCAGAGGAAUUUACUGAACUCUCCAUGUAUUAGAGCAGAUGUGAAUGGUGCUGCCAGACGCAUGGAAAAAUCCAAAUGGAUAGACACACUAGGGACUUGUGCUCACAGCUAUUUUUCUAUGCUUUCUAUGAUGGAGCUUCAAACAGCUAAAUGUACAGAAAAAGUAAGUUAAAAAAGCAAACUGUGGGUAAUGGAUCUUAAUCGACUGGCACUCUAAAAUGGUUUAAUAUGCCUGUAUUCUUCAUAAUAUAUUCUUUCAAAAAAUAAAUGACUCAUGGCCAAGCAAAUACACAAUAAACAUCAUCAAAUCAUUCUCACCAGUGGUGAACUAUGAUUAACAGAGUUUUGUUGUGGGCCAAAAAUCUCAAAACUCAGUCAAAAACGAGGAAAUAAUUACCUUUGCAAUAAUGCUGAUUUCUUGUAGCGCCUCUAUGGAAUUCUAGUAGUAUGUUAUUGCUAAACUAACAGUGAUUCACAUGAAUAUUUUUUGCUCAUUCUAGAUUAAACGCAGACAUGUGAAGCUUAUAACAGACCAUGUGUAGUUGUAAAGAUACAACUGUAGCAUAGAAUAGUACAUUUCAACAAAUACUGUUUCAACAUAGCACUCUGCAAACUGAAAUGUUGAUAAUACUUCUAUUGUUAAUUGCCUUUUAUAAAAUAAAGGACAUUUUUGUAUCUUUGUGGAUGAAAUGAAUCACCAAGGGUAUGAGGACACCUUCAGGCCUCACUGUAAUAUGAACCAUGAUCGUAAGCACCGUGUGACUCAGUACUCGCGUCUGAUCCUCAUUACAGUCUGACGGAAAUUCACAUUGAAUCACCAUUUAUCUCAUCCAGAAUUUGAGUUUAAACUAUGUGGAAGACCCCCUAUGUUUUUGUGUGAGAGAGUCAGUGAGGAAACGUCGAUAGUGAAUACUGACUCACACUGUCGAAAUCACGGUUGUAUGUAUAUGACAUACUAGGCUUUGAACUGACUUUCUUCUAUGAGACUGUUUAUUGGUCAUCCUUCAGAGGCUUUUUUAUUUAAUUCUAAGAUAUUUUUCCACACAGUUCCUCAGGCUGUAAGCCUGCAUGUUACUACGUAUGUCUCUCGCAGAAACAGACAAACUAUUUGGUCCUCUAAUGACCUGUAAGUUUACAGAAAUUUCACUUUGUGGUGGGAAAAGUCAUUUUGCAGGAAUCUAUGUUAGGAAACAUGCUAUGAGGCUAAUAGAGGAAACUAAAGUUGCUGAACACAGCUACAGUACACUGAACCUAAAGUUACUUGCAAACACAUUUAUUAUGGGUUUCCCAGCCUACUUGUGGACUAAAUUUUAGUGUCAAUGGAGAGCCAUCACUGGAAAUUCUUUUUAGUCUAUGUUUAAUCUGGGCCUGGAAAACUGGCUCUAAAACUGUAUAGGUAGAAAGAUAACAGGUUGUUAAUGUCAGAAUGCCAGUUCAAGAUAUACACUACAUAGUGGUGCUUCUGUUAGUGACUUGUAAUGUCAUUUGGUAACUUAGAGGAAAAAGCCCCCUUAAUUUCUCUUUUGAUCAAAUGAUGAGACCAAAUGUAAUAUAAGCCCAUUUACUGACAGUCUAUGCUUAAAGCAAUGAAAUUACAUCUGGAUUCAUUCCUCAAUAAUUUGAUUAUUUCACUUGAUCUCAUUUUAGUCCCAUUAGAUAAUGGUGAUCUAUGCAUUUAUACAUGAAUAGUCAGAUGCAGGUGGGUAGGCCGAUUAGUAGAGCUGGUUUUGAGAAGAAUUAAAAUACAUGUUUUAUACUUCCAAAGUGAAUGUUAGAUUUGUUAGAUUUCUUUGGUGCAAUUAGUCCAUCAGGCGAGUGCUCCAUAUCACCAUAAAUACAUUAUUUAUUAAUAUUUUCAUCAGAAAGACAAAGUUAUUCACUGCAGUUUCACUGACUGGCUAGCAUUGGCGUUACAUACUAGCGGAAGCUAUCAUAAGCUAGAAUUUGGAAACAUUAUUAGUCAGCUUAACAGCUACAUCCACGCCUGAUCUGUUCUAAGCUAUAAUAAUCAGCUGUACUUUUCAGUUAAAUGUUGAAUGCUGAUGAAUUAAUUGUUGUUGCUGCAAUAAUAAUGACAUUAUGAUUAUUGUUAUUAAUUCAUUUUAAAUCAACAUUAGACAAUUAAGUUAAUUCAAUAACACAGAUGCUGACAUAGGCAUCAAUUUAAUUUUAAAUCUUUUUGGUUUUGUACUUUGCCUAAUAACAAUUUUUUUAAAAAUUCUAGGAUUAGAAAUUGACCUAAAUAAAACAUUCUGUAAAAGAUUAGCCAAGGGGGCUUCUUACACCAGGUAGUGGGGCAUGAUUCCCCUUUACAAGGUUGUCUUUUUUGUGCUGUGGCACCAAAAUGGGCUGCUGUUUCAGUUUGUUUUCACUAACUGUGUCUUGGUCUAUGCAUCAUCAUCCUGUUUAUACUAUGUUUAAAAAUUUACCCUUCAUUUUUCCAAACAUGUCAGGUAUUAGCUUGCUGUGUGGCACAUCAGCAGCUAAUCAGUGUUCAUUUUGCAGUAUGAGGUACAGCUGUUCACAUACCACACUAUCACAAAUAGGUUGCCGGCCAUUAUGUUUUGGCAGAACCCACCAGAAAACUUGCUCUAAAGGAAAGCGAGAACAUAAAGGAUUUAGCUAUUUGUAUGUUUACAUACAAUCAAAUAAACACAGGAGAUCACAUCUUAACUUGUCUCAUGGGUAUUAAUGCAUAAAUUACUGUGAUAAUGUUACAUUCAUAUUUAAUACUAACAUAUGUUCAUGAUCAACAAGCAUUGAUUAGACAAUUGAAAUAAGUACAAACAACGGAUUAAAAGACGUUACAUUGUUUAAGACCCGACAUGUACACAAUGUUUUUUUUUGUUUUGUUUUUUUAAAUAAAAGAAAUACUCUGCAGGAAAAGUGGCUUUUUGUGCAUCGCAAUUUACAGACUUUUCAACCUUUCUUGAAGCCCUUGAGCUCUUCUCUCAUUAGUAAUACCUAAUAAUGAAAUCAGAUGUCAUGGUACAUGGUUAGAUGAAAAAUCCAGUAUCAACUCUGGUAUGCGA